AUGUCGAUCGAGUUCCACUUCUUCUCCUCUACGACGUGUGUCGACGAGAUCAGCGCGUUCAGCCACUCUUUGUCGCUCACGGACGCGGCAAGAGAAGCCAGCCACUCGUCAGCAGAAGGCACAGUGCUUUCCUCCUCGGAGAUUGACAGUUCUACGCGGCCUUCGCUCUCCGUGACCUCGACGUUAGCGAAGUUCACCGUCUGCUUGGCAGACGCAGCCGUGGCAGCAGCAACCGCGCCGCUUUCCUUCACAAUGUUUUCAAAACCGGUGGCAAUGCCAUUUAGGAUAUCCGCCACGGGUUCGUCCACGACAGUACUUCCUUCUUAA